AUGACUUCAACUUGUCUCAACGACGGCUCCUGGGGCCCUGGCGUUCGAGGAUGUCGAGGCGACUUUGACUUUACGCAGAAAUUCGAGCGUAUCUUUUUCUCUAUCAUUCCGACGGUAAUCUUUAUCGCGUCGGCGAUUGCGCGUGUAGCUGUUCUGGCGCAGAGAGAGAGGAUCGUCAAUGGCGUGAUCUUACAGUCUGUCAAGCUCGCCUUUCUCGUUGUUUAUACGGCUACACAGCUUGGACUUUUAAUUCUCAUCGCAACUGGAACUGCGGGCAUAGUUCACGAUCUAUCUCUUGCAGGAUCCUGCCUCACAUUUGUCGCCUCUCUCUUAGCAUGUGCGCUAUCUUACAAAGAGCACUCAUGCGCUAGAAGACCAUCAACUCUGUUGAACGUAUACGUUCUGCUCACACUCUUGUUCGACAUUGUGCAAGCCCGCACAGCAUGGCUUCUCAUCAGCGGAUCAUCGCAACAGGCUCGCCUUUUCACAGCUUCCGUCGUGGUCAAGGCCGUCAUUCUCUGCCUCGAAACAAUCCCCAAGACACGAUGGAUUCACUGGAAUGCAGAGGAACAUAGCCCUGAGGAGUCCAGCGGCGUGUUUAGUGUUGGAGUGUUUGCGUGGUUGAACCAGCUCUUCAUCAGAGGCUAUCGAGGAGUUUUGAAGAUAGAGGAUCUAUAUCCUCUUGAUGAAAGCAUGGCCUCGGACAGACUGCAGAACCGCUUUGCAAGAAACCUCCGGGUUCAUCGGUAUAACGAGGAACCCAAGUCGGGUCUUUUGAAGGACUUGACGAGAACGCUCAUCGGCCCGUUCCUCCUCCCGGUUGCUCCUCGCGCUGCUCUCAUCGCCUUUCAAUUCUGUCAACCAUUCUUUAUUGACGCAACACUACAAUAUCUCCAAGCCCCAGAGACGCUCAACUCAAAAAGCGUGAGUUAUGGCUUGAUCGGCGCUGCCUUCUUUAUCUACGCUGGUAUUGGAGUCUCCUCAGCGUUUUACGGGUACUAUCGAGAGAGAGCCACCUACAUGAUUCGAGGCUGUCUAGUAGCUGCAAUAUACCAAAAGACUACACAGAUGAAAAUCACAGCUGCUGAUGACUCAGCUGCUUUGACUCUCAUGAGUUCAGACGUCGAGAGGAUUCUUAGAGCUGCCGCGACAGCUCAUGAUCUCUGGGCUAACCCUGUUGAGGUGGCUAUCGGAUGCUGGCUUCUGUACGGAAAGCUUGGUGCAGCUUUUAUCUCUCCCCUCAUUGUUAUCAUAAUAUGCGCCUUGUUGCUAUCGUGGUUGGUUACGUUGGUUGGCAAGAGACAAAAUGAGUGGAUGAAGAGAAUUCAAAACAGAGUCGGCCUAACUUCGAAUGCCAUUUCGCAAAUGAAGCUGUACAAGAUCUCGGGUAUUACUGGUCCCGUGGCGGAACUAAUUCAGAGUCUCCGUGUAGGAGAGAUCAAAGUCGGUAACAGCUUCCGCUGGCUACUGAUUCUGGCUGCGGUGUUGGGCUUUACGCCCUUUGCUAUCUCACCUCCCAUCACCUUCGCUUUCACCUCACGAGAGUUGACCAUAAACACACUCUUUACCUCUUUGUCAUAUAUCCUUCUCUUCACAACGCCUGUUGUUGCUCUCUUCCAGAGUCUGCCUGGUAUUUUCGCAGCACUGACCUGCGUGGCUCGAGUGCAGAGAUUCCUUGCAGCUGAACCGCGAAAUGACUUUCGCAAACAUCAAUCCGCCUCGGUAUCUGAGAAGAGCUCUUCAGAUGAGGCUUCGGAAGUUGCUUUCUCAAUCGAGAACGGAUCCUUUGGUUGGGGAAGCGAGAAGAUGACACUGAGAGACAUCAGCACUUCCAUCCCUGCUCACAAGCUCACCAUUGUCGUCGGCCAAGUUGCCUCAGGCAAGACAACCUUUUGUCAAGCUCUUCUCGGUGAACUACCUGUAUCUUCAGGUACGAUCAAGACUUUGAUCCCGUCUCAUCGUAUCGCGUAUUGUGAUCAAUCCGUCUUUCUCUACAAUGGAACGUUUCGGCAAAACAUCAUCGGUCACUGCGCCUUUGAUCAGGCAAAGUACGACGAGAUCGUGGAUGCGACAAUGCUGUCCCAAGAUGUAGCGCUCUUGCCACAGGGCCACGACGCCAACAUUGGGAGUAACGGCAUUAUGCUCUCUGGAGGCCAGCGACAACGAAUUAGCGUGGCGAGAGCUCUCUACUCUGAGGCGAACUUGAUGAUCUUUGAUGAUAUACUCAGCGGUUUGGACUUGGGCACUGAAUCUGAGCUUUUCCGACGCGUGUUUGGUCCAACGGGUAUAACCCGUCGAAGGAACGUUACCGUCAUCAUAUGUACUCACUCGGUGCGUCACUUGCCACUGGCAGACCACAUAAUUGCUCUUGGAAACGGUACUGUUAUUGAGCAAGGAGAUUUCUCAGCGUUGAUGCAAAACAACAAGUACGUCCACAGUCUUGGAGUCAAGCACAGAGAUACGGAUUCCUCUUCGGAGAAUGAAAAGCCUGAAACGACAGUCACUGCCUCUCCUCUUCGGGCUAUAGCGACGUCUCCAGCCGCAGAGGCAGCAGAAGAUAAAGCAAGGCAGCAAGGCGACUUUUCCAUCUAUAAGCAUUACUUUAACAGUGUUGGAACAUGGGCAGUCGUCGGUGUUGCACUGUCAGGGAUGAUAGCUGGCGCUUGUCAGAGUCUUUCAGGCGUGUGGAUGAAGUUCUGGGCUGAAGACGCCUUUAACAGAUCCUUUACUUUUUACGCGGGCAUCUACGCAUUCCUACGAUCAGGUUUUGUUGUAUUUUUAUUCUGCAACGGUGUCAUCACUAUGAUAAGUAUGACUGCCUCUGCAGGAACGGAAAUGCACCAACGAGCUAUCCUCACUGUUAUCUCUGCACCAUUAAGGUUCUUCACGACGACUGACACUGGCGUGGUGACGAAUCUCUUUUCUCAGGACAUGACCCUUCUGGAUUUCGAUUUACCCUUGGCUCUCACGAACUUCACUUUGGACAUUUCAAACACUAUUGGGUCGGCGUUUGUGGUAGCAUCUGCUUCUCCGUAUCUCGCCAUCGGAUAUCCUUUUUUGACCGGAGUUCUCUAUUUCAUCCAGAUGUUCUAUCUUCGUACAUCACGACAGCUCCGACUCCUCGAUCUCGAGGCAAAGAGUCCAUUGUACACCCAUUUUACCGACACCAUGCGAGGUAUAGCAACCAUCAGGGCCUUUAGAUGGGAACAGAACGACAUAUUAUACAACAACCAACUUCUCGAUACGUCCCAACGACCUGCGUACCUACUGGCUAUGAUUCAACAGUGGUUGGCCUCGUCGCUCCAUCUUCUCGUCACAGGCAUCGCAGUCAUUCUCAUCGCAUUGGCAACUCAGCUUCGAACCAAUGCAGGCUUGACAGGUGCUAGUUUGAUCUCUCUUUUAACGUUCAGUGAGUUCAUGUCCGAUGUCAUUAGAAGUUACACAUCUCUUGAGACUUCGCUGGGCGCUGUCAGCCGUUUGAGAUCUUUCAGCGAGACCGUUGCGACGGAGAAUAUGCCUGGGGAAGACCUUGAGCCACCUGAGACAUGGCCGCAGAAUGGACACGUCAAGAUUGACAAAGUAUCUGCCUCUUACGAUGCAGAUGCCAAUAACCAGGAUGAAGAUCUCAAUCUUGUCCUGAGAGACCUCGAGCUUGAUAUCCUUCCAGGGCAAAAGGUAGCGAUCUGCGGCCGUACAGGGAGUGGAAAGUCUACUCUGAUACUACUCCUCCUGCGACUCCUGGAUCCUCUUUCCUCUUGCUCUACUAACAUAAAGAUCGAUGAUGUCGACUUGCAUGAGAUUGACCGCGCUACUCUGCGCAAGCGCAUCAUCUGCAUCCCUCAAGACGCAGUCUUUCUACCAGAUGGAAGCUCCAUCAAAGCAAACAUCGACCCAUACAACUCUGCUACAGACGCGGAAUGCUUCAGUGUUCUCAACACCGUUCGGUUAACCAACUUUGUUCAUGACAAGGGUAGUCUAAACGCGGGCAUGAGCGCAGAAGAUCUCAGUGCCGGCCAGAAACAGCUCUUCAGUCUCGGCCGAGCAAUUCUACGUCGUCGAGCUCGAGACAGGGGCGAGAAGAAGCAUGGGGGCUUGCUUCUGCUGGAUGAGGUGAGCAGCAGCGUGGAUAGAGUCACCGACCGGGCAAUGCAGGAAAUUAUAAGAGACGAGUUUGAGAACUACACUAUCAUCAUGGUUUCGCAUCGGUUGGAGAUGGUUGUCAAGUACUUUGAUAGGGUUGUUGUGCUUGAUAAGGGAAGUGUUGUUGAGGAUGGCGGGCCGAGGCAGCUUGUUGAGAGGGAGGGAAGCAGAUUUGGAGAGCUUUGGGCUGUUGAGAAUGAUGGAAAGUCUGAGUAG